AUACCAUCAAGACCACGAGUUCUCUAUCUACUUCUUCUAAAAGAGUAACUCAAUUUCAGAUACUCUCUCCACACCAUUUUCUUCCCACUUUCUCCUUUGCCUUUUCUAACUCACUCUUCUUCGCUUAAUUAAUUCAAGAAGAUGGCUGUGGACUCUGCUAUUUCGUCUCCAUUGGGUCCUCCGGCAUGCGAGAAAGACGCCAAGGCACUGAGAUUCAUUGAGGAAAUGACCCGAAACGCUGACGCUGUCCAAGAGAGGGUGUUGGCGGAGAUUCUCACCCGCAACGCCAACACAGAGUACCUUAAACGCUUCAAACUUGGUGGCGCCACCGACCGAGAAACCUUCAAGUCUAAGAUUCCUGUCAUCACGUACGAGGAUGUUCAGCCAGAGAUUCAGCGAAUCGCCAAUGGCGACCGCUCUGCCAUCUUGUCUUCUCACCCCAUCUCUGAAUUCCUAACAAGUUCUGGGACUUCAGCUGGUGAAAGAAAACUGAUGCCCACAAUUAAGGAAGAGCUGGAUCGUCGCCAACUUCUAUACAGCCUCCUCAUGCCAGUUAUGAACCUUUAUGUACCCGGGUUGGACAAGGGAAAGGGCCUGUACUUUUUAUUCGUCAAGUCCGAAACAAGGACCGCGGGUGGGUUACUGGCCCGACCCGUACUCACAAGCUAUUAUAAGAGUGAACAUUUCAAGACCCGACCGUAUGACCCGUACAUGGUCUAUACUAGCCCUAACGAAGCCAUCUUGUGCCCUGACUCCUUCCAAAGCAUGUACACUCAAAUGCUCUGUGGCCUCAUGGAGCGCAACCAAGUCCUCCGCCUCGGCGCCGUCUUCGCCUCCGGUCUCCUCCGAGCAAUCCGGUUCCUCCAACUAAAUUGGCCGGAAUUAGCCCGUGACAUCCGAUCCGGAACCUUAACCUCUCGGAUCACGGACCCUACAUUAAGGGAAUACAUGGACAAGGUGAUGAAACCCGACCCGGAAUUGGCCUCAUUCAUGACACAAGAAUGUUCGAAAGACAAUUGGGAAGGAAUCAUUACGAGGAUUUGGCCCAACACCAAAUACUUAGAUGUCAUCGUAACCGGUGCCAUGGCUCAAUACAUUCCAACUCUCAACUACUACAGUGGUGGGUUGCCACUUGCAUGUACAAUGUACGCUUCCUCGGAGUGCUACUUCGGACUCAACCUUAAUCCCAUGUGCAAGCCCUCCGAGGUUUCGUACACUAUCAUGCCAAACAUGGCAUACUUCGAAUUCCUUUCUCACGAAACCGGGUCCACUCAAUUAGUGGACCUAGCUGACGUAGAAGUGGGAAAGGAAUACGAAUUAGUGAUCACAACCUACGCCGGGCUGUAUCGAUACCGAGUGGGCGACAUCCUCCGAGUCACCGGGUUCCACAACUCGGCGCCACAAUUCCACUUCGUACGGAGGAAAAACGUGUUACUCAGCAUUGACUCGGACAAAACGGACGAGUCAGAGUUGCAAACAGCGAUUGAGAACGCGUCGAAGCUUUUGGCUGAGUUCAACACGAGCGUGGUGGAGUACACAAGCUAUGCAGACACAGAGACGAUUCCGGGUCACUACGUGAUUUACUGGGAGUUGUUGACCAAGGACUCGGCCAACUCGCCGAGUGAGGAGGUGCUGAAUCGGUGUUGUUUGGAGAUGGAGGAGUCGUUGAACGCGGUUUACAGGCAAUGCCGUGUUGCGGACCAUUCGAUUGGGCCUUUGGAAAUAAGGGUUGUGAAGAGUGGAACCUUUGAAGAGCUUAUGGAUUAUGCUAUCUCAAGAGGUGCAUCAAUAAAUCAAUAUAAGGUGCCAAGAUGUGUGAAUUUCACUCCUAUAAUGGAGCUUUUGGACUCAAGAGUGGUAUCUACCCAUUUUAGCCAAGCUUUGCCACAUUGGACCCCUGAAAGGAGGAGGUGAGUUUCUUCACAUGUGGGCUUAGUGGGUUUGAGUCACACACCUAGAUGUAGAUUUUGUUGCAUUUUUUUGCUAAGUUUAUUUUUUAGACUUGUGGAGAGUCUAAAGUAUUUUGGAUUAGGAUGUCUCUUCCUUAGGUUAAUUAUGUAUUUUGGUUCGAUUAACUUGUGCAAAACAUGUGACAUUUUCUUAAGUAAAUUUGUCUAAUGUAUUUACUUCUCA